GUCCGAUCCCAACGGAAGCAACCAGCCCCGCUCGGCCCUAUAAAGCAGCGGAGCUCGGCUCAGCCUCACCCUUUCCGCUUUGCCACGCCCCCCGACGGGCGGGACUGAGCAGAAGGGGCUCGAUGGCCGAGGUUCUCGUCACUGAGUCGAGCUCCGAUGGGGAAAGCGGAUAUGUUUGGUCUCCCCAACGGCGCCUGGGCGAAAAGAAGAAGCGGAAAUGGCGGCGGCCGCCCGCGGAGCCCCCGGAGGUCAUAGAUCUCACUGGGGAUGACCUGACUGUGUGCAAUGACAUCCCUCUAAUUGAUCUGACGGGGACUGAGGAUGACAACAUGAUCAGCCCUCUUCAUGAUAGUUGCAAUGCCAUUCAGGACCUGAAGCAUGCUACGCCAGUCAACAUGCACUCGGUGUGCUGUCCAGAAAUCCUCACCACUAUAAGCUCUGAGAACAAAGUUGAUGUGCCAAUCAGCAUGUGGGAUAGAGACUGUGAGCUGCCUUCCCCCAAAGAAGAUGCUAUAACGAAGCAGCCCUUAUUUCAAUGUAGCAGCGGCCCCAUCAUCCCCAGCUAUUGUGGGGACUCUGAAACCAGCAGCCACACCACUUACAACAGUGAUCUGGGCUCCUUAGGAAGCCCCCAAGUGGGGUCUGAGGUUUUCUCCUUCUCUUCAACCCCCAGCAGCAGUGAAUGUCAAGCCCACUUGGACUGUGUGGAAGAGGUUCUUGGUGCUGGUCCGUCUGUGGAAGAGCCCAGCCCCCAGCAUUCCCCACUACAUCAGAGACAUUCCCCAAGCCCCAUCCCCUCCUGUUCUCCAAUGAGCACAUCUCCAUCUCUAGCAGAAGCUAAUCAGCAUUUUCUAGAGGCAAAUAACCCAGCACCAAAUGCUGUAAAAUCAGAUGUUUGGGAGCCAACGAAGCAGAUCGACAUCAAGGUCUGGUUGAAAACAUUGCAGUAUUUCCAGGGGGUUCCUGUACAUUACCCCUUUUUCCAAAAUGUGGUGCAGGAAAAAGAUGCUGAACAGAAGAAGCAGCCUAUCCCAUCCCGGAAACUAAGCAUGGUGUUCAGCACUAUCGAGGAGAAAUUCUUCCAGGGAACCUUGGACUUCCUUAUGGAUUAUGUAACCCCCCAGCACUACCCGCCAAAGGAGAUCACAUCGUGUGUGAUCAGGCAGAUUCUCUUGAGCUCAGAUCAACAAGAUGUGCAACAAGAGACACAGAAAGAUGCUUUCAUGUUGUUGAUGAAAAUCCAGUCACUUCACCCAGCAAGGGCUGACACUGUGGUAUGGGACUGGCUGCUACUGCGAGUGGUAAUAGAAGAGCAGGAAGGAACGUUUCCUGGGCGACUCCUCUUCUUGCAGUAUGUGAUCCAGACCUUGGAGGAUGACUUCCAGAGGAUGGCCAGAACAGGCACUCUGCACAAAUCCAUUGCCAAAGCAGUGCUUUCCUGUGACCAGUGCUUCCUUAAUGUCAAGGAAGUGAUUGAAUGGCUGAUUGCUGCAGUUAUGGGUGUACGGGUUAUGCAGUACAGAAGACACAUGCAGAAAGCAAAUCCUUCACUAGAAACCUCCAGAGCUGUGAGCAGCAGCUCUGUACCAGAAUUGCACUUAAACCAGACUGCACAAACCAAUGAUGUCAUUCCACAAUUUCAGUCCCAAACGGAGGUGGCAUUUCUGCAGAGGAUGCUUUCUAUAGCAAUAGAAGUGGACAAGUCUCCAAACUGCAGCGCCAAUAAAAUUGUAGAUAUUGUGUUUUAUUCAUUGCUGAAUAUUCCCAAGCGCUGCCACAGGGAAGCCUUCCUAAGCAGUAUGGAAUGCCACCUCUUGCGCUGCAAAGUAUUAGAGCUUGUUUUCCACCACAGCUGCAAAAUACCCUCUGAUCUGCCCUCCUUGUCUGUGAAAAAGAUACUGCAUUUUCUGAACCACUGUUCUCUGCUGCUGACAUACCAGGACAAUGAAGCAACAUGGCAGAGGUGGGAUGAGAUGCUUCACCAAUUGACUUUAUUGUUGCUGAGCUACCGCAGAGUAGUCCUAGGGCACUUAAGAAGCUCAGUGUGUGAACGAGUAAAUUUGAUUAUCAAGGCUGCCAAACCCAAACUACAGAUCAGUGAUCUUGUUGAAAGAAAUUAUGUAGAGUGCAAAAUUGAAGAUUUCCAGAAGAUUCUCUCUCUGACUCUGGGGCAGCCACUUCCCCAACCCAUAAAGGAAAAGACUGAGCUACUCCAACAGUUGCUUCUCGCUGCUAUGAACUAACACAGGAAAUAUUGGAAAGCUGAAACCUGGACUUCCUCCAAGUAUGAACAGCUGAGCACUAAAUUUUCAGAUACGAUAUUUAAUAGUAACAUUAAACCCCCAUGUUGUAUUCAUCGGUGGACAACAGUUUGUACAGCUUGAUCUUCGAUGUCUUUUGUUCUGAGUUUCAUAUAGUUUUUAUAAUAAAUUAUUUUAUUAAGUGA